AUGCUCGUCCUCUCCAAUGCCAUCUCAAUCAUGAUGACUUCGUUGAUGAACGCUGAGAACGUUCACAUAAAGCAGCGGACCCUUUUCCACCCGUCGCUCCCUGCCGGAAGCUUCCAUCUGGCCGUGGUUGAGAGUUGGAUGGAGUACUCACCCUUCGAUUGGACCAUUGUGCAACAGACUUGUUCCCGUGCUAUGACGCAAGGCGCGACCGUCGCGAAGCGCAUUUACUCGAUAGAUAGAGAAGGCUUCAGAUACGCAACUUGA